UCAUUUCAUUAUGUCGCAUACGCCGCACCAUAAAACGAACGCAAUGGAGCUGGAGCGUUUUGUUUAUUUCUUCAUUUGUCUAUCAAUAUCCUUUAUGGUUUCCAAAGCAGAAUCUGACGUGAAAUGCCAGCCCACUGAAGUCCUUGUAAAAGAAAGAGUAGGCUAUGAAGAAUGGCAGUAUGAAUGUAAAAGGGUCUGUCCUUCACACCAAUAUGUGUACAGACAAAAGUGCUACGACAAUUGUCCAACUUACACGAGUGCUAAAGAAAAUGGAUUCAUAAAGUACUGUGUCAGUGACCUCGAGAACUUCAAUUGUCCCAAAUCAAUUUGCCAAAAAGAAUACCCGUUUUGUUUCGACGGCAACUGUAUCGACACCUGCCCAGACUACACAAUUGGUUACAAUAAUUCCUGUGUUUUGAAGUGUCCAUUAGAAGCGAGGUAUAUGAUGGCACACUCAUGUGAAGGAAUCUGCUAUACAGGAAGGAAGACGUGUUUUCAGAGGUGUCCAAGUUCACAUCCGCAGGUGUUUCGAUCGUCAUUUCUUUAUCACUGUUUAAAGGAAUGUCCAUAUUUUACGGUGACUAAUGGUAGUAGAUGUGAAUUGUCCUGUCCGAGUGAUAGUCCUUUUCUUUUUAACAACACGUGUCAUCCCACGUGUCCUUCUUCAGUUCCUUUCGCCUCUCUGAAUAUGUCGGCCUUUAAUAAGAUUUUCGUUUGUUCCGAACGAUGCGAUGUGAUGAUGGCGUCUUACAAAAACGUAUGUGUUUCUAUUUGUCCCAGUAGAUCACCCUUUGGAUAUCACGGAAAAUGUGUAAAGAAAUGUGGGAGAGAUAGCCCGUAUGUCAAUACAUCACCAUCUUGGAAGUCUACUAUAUAUUACCAGCAGUGUGUUGCAGAGUGUCCUCGUGACAAAUUUCUCUGGAUGAAGACCAGACAGUGUGUGACCAACUGUCCCAGAAACACUUUAUUCUUCAACAAAACGUGUGUCUCUGCAUGUCCUCGAAACUUUCCCUUAAAUUACACUAAAGAAAAUCAAGGAAGAAUUGAACACGAGUGUGUGAGAAGAUGUCCCGAGAAAACCUAUCAUUUCAAGGAUCACUGUUUUGAUCGAUGCCCAACCUAUUUAAAGUAUUACUUAUCAAAUUGUACGACAGAAUGUCCGACACUUCAGCCAUACAUAAUAAGCGAUAAUAACACUUGUGCUCGAUCAUGCCCAAUGAAGUAUGUUUAUAACGGAAACAUAUGCGAUAAAAAGUGUCCGAAAGACAAAUUUUAUAUUGAAAACAAAAUAUGCGAAAAAACCUGUUCAGAUAUAUCGGCUCUUCAGCAGAAAACUAAAAAGGGGAUAAUUUGCUUGAAUUCUACUUCCUGUCCCAACGAUACAGUACUAUUUGAAGGAACGAACCACUGCAUAGAAAAAUGUCCCAAGACCAUGUUAAUUGUCAACAAUAUCUGCAGAAAUGUGACCUCCUGUCCAUCCUCUACCUAUACCGAGAAUUCUACACGAGGAGAAAUCUGUACAAAAAAAUGUUCCAAAACUUUAUAUGUUGAUGAUCAUCUCUGUGUUAAGAUUUGUCCAAAAACCAAAGUCCUUGUGGGGCAAAACUGUAGCAAAGAUUGUCCAAGUUCCAAACCAUACAGAUAUUUGAAUAACACUGAUUAUGAGAAUGCUGUGAAUGUGUGUGUUUCAGUUUGCCCAUAUGACUAUGUUAUUUAUCAAAAGAAAUGCAUUCAGUUUUAUGAAUGUGACAACUACGUGUACCAAGGACAUUGUUAUGACGUUUGUCCACCUCCCAGUGUUCCAAAUCCAGAAAUAUCUGAAUCUUGUGUUGUCGAUAGUUCUCUAUCUCUCUACACAGGACUAGCGUUGAUGUGUUUGUGUCUUUUGUGUAUUUUCGGUUUUUUAUUGGGCUGCAUCUGCUGUUAUAGAGGAGAGGUGAAAUGUUUCAGAAAAUCUUCACAAAGAGAUUCGGAAUAUUCAUGUAAUCUUAUUGAAGAGGAGCUGCAGACAGGCUGAAUUAAUUCCUUUCUUCGUGAACUGACUGCAUGCACAUACAGCUUCCUGUGUACCGCAGAAGAAAAGUAUGAACGAGGCAUUCUAAUUUGUAUUCAGGAAAUAUUCUAAUAAAUCUGAUAUCUAA